AUGGGCCUGAGCUCCUCCAGGGUGACCAGGGUGGCCCCAGUGCCCACCCAGGGGGAUGUGCCCGCUCUGGGUGCCCUGCAGGGGCUGCCCACAGAGCCAGGCCAGGCCCCAGCCUGGGGAAGACCAAUAUUCCAGCUGGAACUGCCUCCCCUGAGGGAGACCUGGUACGGGAGAGCCUCGGCAGGGCCCCUCUCCUGGAACACCUUGCCGGGACAGGAUGGGACCAGCAUCAUCAAGCAGCACCCACCUCGAAGGCCUCAGAGGCUUGAACCUGCCAUCCCUCCCCAAGCAACCGCUCCUGUGAAGCCCUGGAGUCGGCCAGGCGUGGCUACAAGCCCAAAACCAAAGGUGCUGGGGAAGAGGGGGCAAAGCCUGAAUCCCCUCCCUGGCAGGAGGCAGCACUUGCACAAGCUUCGGAUGCUGGACUUGACCCGCAAGCGACGAGAGGCGGAGCUGAAGAGGAAUCUCCACAGGGAGGCGAAAAUCAAUAAGCAAAACAUCAAGGAAUUGAGCCCCAGGGAUGUCCCUGGCCCUCCCCAGAGAGGUGACAGCACCGGCAGCCCGGACCCCAUCCCUGCUGGGCACAAUCAGCGCUUUCCUGAAGACGACCCUGGUAAGUGGAAUCAUUUUCCAAGGCGAUGACUCUGCAGGGCUGAGCCCUCUCCAGGCAGGAGGGGGAAGGUUGACCUGUGGUUCUGCCAGGAGCCACGGACCCGGGAUCUGUUCUGGGACUCCUCCAGCACAGACUCUGAGGAGUGGGAAGAGAGGAUUCACCACAAACCCACGCUCGUGAGGACCAAGACAGAGAGAAUUUCCCUCUUUGAUGACUUCUUUGACAGGGAUUUCUAG